AUGAACGUAUUCUCUGGAAAGACCGCACUUCUUGACUUCUACAACCCCGAUAAAAAUCCACCUCUUCCGCUUGUCGAACUUCCUUCUCAUCCGUUCGAAGGAGACAAUGUGAGAAUCUAUGCCAAGAUGCUCACUCUGCUUCCAGCUGGAAACGUGAAGUCUCUGCCUGCGCUAAAUAUGCUCAUGCGCGCUUCCGAAGCCGGAGAAAUCAACGAUUCUACCGAAGGAUUGUCGAGUACUCUCGGAGCGUAUAUCUCCAACAAGACAUCCCCUCAGAAAAUGGAACUCUUGCGUUUCUUUGGGCUAGAUCUCACACUCUUUGGCGGCCCGGCCCAAGUUGAGCCCGCGGAUGUCAAUGGCGGUAUUUAUGCGGCGAUUCAGGACGGCAUGCGGCCCGGUUGGUAUAAUCCCGGUCAAUACUCGAGCCCACAGAACUCUGAGGCCCAUGUACGAUGGACGGGACCUCAGAUUCAUAGGCAACUACCAAAAAUCAAUAUUUUUGCUGCUGCAGUGGGCACGUCAGGAACAAUGACUGGCACUGGAAGCUACCUCAAAACUGUCCGGCCCGAUAUGGUCAAUUUGGGCGUCUUCACUGCCCCUGGCGAUCGGGUCCCAGGCCCCCGGCCUAUUGAUCUCGUCCAGACUGUUGACCUUCCAUGGCAAGAGGUCAUCGACGCCGCCGAGCACGUGUCAUCGAAGGACUCGUAUCGAAUCUCCCUUGAAUUGUGCCGCCAGGGGCUACUUGUCGGCCCGAGUGCUUUUAUCUGCUGUGACCAGCCCUAUCAAUACAUCUCUGAUUACUUUACCAAGCUCGACUCUUCUUACUUCCCACCCAUUUAUAACACAGAGCUCCUUGAUAAAGACCUCUAUCCCUACGGCGUUGAUUGGAUACUUUCACCCAGCGAUGCAUUCCGCCUGCUCUACCCGGCUCAUGGAUUGCAGACGCCCCCCACUUCGCCAACAGAGCUAGAAGAACUCAAAGAUAUCCAAGAACCGUUGAUUCAUGCACAUGCAAUGGUGAUCGACUUGCGUUCGCAGAACGACUUUAAGCGCGCACAUAUACCUGGAUCCAAGAACUUAGAUAUCCAGUGCUCUGGCAGUAAAAACCCAUUCAAGAAUCCGGGCAUAUUGGCCGAGUUGUGGGAGGUCCUCCGCCAGGCGUUGGUUCCGGGCACUAAGGAUAUGUCCAACAAGAGUGUUCUUUUGGUCUCAUAUAACGAAGAGAUUGCAUAUGUGGGAUGCAGUGUAUUGCGCAAGGAGGGCGUCAAAGCGUUUGCGCUUGGUGGUGGAUUUGAGAAGUGGAAAGAGGCAGGUUUAGACGCUGGUACUCCGACUACAAGGCAUUAG